GGGGCCUCGAAACACCGUGUUGCUAUCUGCGCGCGCGCGUGUGCCAGUGUGACAGCGCCGUGGCCGUGGCCGUGGGGCGCGCGGGGACCGCCCGGGGUGCCCGCUCCGCUCAGCGUCGCGGCCGCGUGGCCCGGCGGAGCCCCGAGACCACCCCCGGGCGGGGCGCCGCCGCGAUGUCGGUGGCUGGGCUCAAGAAGCAGUUCCACAAAGCCAGCCAGCUGUUUAGUGAAAAAAUAAGUGGUGCUGAAGGAACGAAGCUAGAUGAAGAGUUUCUGGACAUGGAAAAGAAAAUAGAUAUUACUAGUAAAGCUGUUGCAGAAAUCCUUUCAAAGGCCACAGAGUAUCUCCAGCCCAAUCCAGAGCUAAGCUAGGAAUGCUGAACACUAUGUCGAAGCUCCGAGGGCAGGUGAAGACCACCGGCUAUCCACAGACAGAAGGCUUGCUGGGGGACUGCAUGCUGAAGUAUGGCAAGGAGCUUGGAGAAGACUCUGCUUUUGGCAACUCGUUGGUAGAAGUUGGUGAGGCCCUGAAACUCAUGGCUGAGGUGAAAGACUCUCUGGAUAUCAAUGUGAAGCAAACUUUUAUAGACCCACUGCAGCUACUUCAAGACAAAGAUUUAAAAGAGAUUGGGCACCACCUGAGAAAGCUGGAAGGCCGCCGCCUGGAUUAUGAUUAUAAAAAGAGGCGGGUAGGUAAGAUCCCCGAGGAAGAAAUCAGACAAGCAGUAGAAAAGUUUGAAGAGUCAAAGGAGUUGGCCGAAAGAAGCAUGUUUAAUUUUUUAGAAAAUGAUGUAGAGCAAGUCAGCCAGCUGGCUGUGUUUGUUGAGGCGGCAUUAGACUAUCACAGGCAGUCCACCGAGAUCCUCCAGGACCUGCAGAACAAGCUAGAGCUGCGAAUAGCUCUUGCAUCCAAAGUCCCCAAGAAAGAAUACAUGCCAAAGCCUGUGGACAUGAGUUCCAUCGAUGCCAAUGGGGUCGAACCCAGCUCUUCAUCAAAGAUAACAGGUACUGACACUCCCUCGGACCAGCCCUGCUGUCGUGGUCUCUAUGACUUUGAGCCAGAAAACGAAGGAGAAUUAGGAUUUAAAGAAGGGGACAUCAUUACAUUAACCAAUCAGAUAGACGAAAACUGGUAUGAAGGAAUGCUCCGUGGGGAAUCCGGCUUCUUCCCCAUUAAUUACGUGGAAGUCAUUGUGCCUUUACCUCGGUAAAUGUGUCUUUUGGACCUAACUUCAGAACUGAAAUGAAUUGGCACCAGUGUUCUCUCAGUGUGGUGUUCUGUGGCAUCCUCGCUCUCUGGCCCACUUAAUCACUUUUGUAUGUGUGUUUUCUUUAUAAUGUAUUUUGUAUCAAUUUAAUUUGUAUAACUGAUUUCUUUGUCCUAACUCAUAAAAAUAGUUUUCUUCUUGUUCUAAAAAGUCAUUGGUUAAAUGUAUUUGCUUCCUGUUGCUAAAAAAAAAAAGUAAAUUGCGCCCAUUCGAAUGGCCUGGGUAGUCCUUAGCUGCAGUGGGAACACACCCUUUGCAGUUAUGAAAGCUAAAGAUUUUGUUUCUUGACAUUAUUGAUGGCAUCCAGUCUUCUCCUGUUUUAAGCUUACCUGUGAACAGCCCAAUAAACAUGACACACUGUGUUC